AUGGCCGAGAAGAACCCCUCGAACGAGCAGAACUUCCCACCUCCCCCUCCUGGCCCCCCACCUGGGCACAACGGCCUCGCGAUGCACCCGAAUGAGCAGCCUCUCCCAGACUCCAACUCCGAGCUCUACGACAACAAUCCUUCUACCCACUCCGAUGCCAAGGCUCAUGGUCAGACCCAGGCUCAGCAUGAGACCGAGACCCAACAGACUGCCCACCAAGUCCCUCCGCCCGACAGUGAUGGAGCUCCCAAGAAGGCCGGAUGGGGCCAGCGCCUGAGUGCAUGGGGCGGCAAGGCUGCAACGCCCUUUAACAUGCUUGCAAACAAGCUUGGGUCGGAGAGCUUCCUGCCAGACACUAUGGACAAGGAGUGUGAGAAGGCAGCGAGGAUCUUGAAGAGCUUCUGCAAGGAUGGUAUCUAUACCGACGCACAAGCUCCCGAGACCGUCGAGGCGCCAACCACAGACGCCGACGGCAAGCCCACCACCGCCGUGGCGAAACCCAAGAAGAACCGCACCCUCUUGACCAUCCCCUCCAAAGUGAUCAAUCGUGCUGUGGGCUUGGCCAUUUUCACAACUGCCCGCGCUGGGUUCCACGUCUCAGGCGCCACAGGCUCGGGUGUAAUCGUCGCCCGUCUUCCUGAUGGUAGCUGGUCGCCUCCCUCGGGCAUCCAGGUCCACAGCGUCGGUGCUGGCUUCAUGAUUGGCCUCGAUAUCUACGACUGCGUCGUCGUUAUCAACACGAGAGAGGCCUUGGAGGCCUUCACAAAGACCAGAAUGUCCCUGGGCUCUGACUUGGCUGUCGUGGCCGGUCCGUGGGGCGCAGGCGGCAGCGUCGACUUCGCUGCUCCUCAGUCACAGAAGGGCAAGGGCAAGGCCGCUGCUGGAAGCCCAGAUGCUACGAAGGACGCAGAAGGCAAGCCGGCCAGCCCAAUCCCGGCCGCGAGUGAGAAGCAUCCCGACAACGCGGACACUGUCCCUACGGUGAACGAGCCGACCACAGACAAGGCAGGUGCCGAGACACCAGAACGCCCCCAGGCUGGCAAGGAGCGCAAGCCCUCUGGCCUCAAGCAGGCUAUCAAGCAGCCGACCUACUCCUACGUCAAGUCGCGGGGCUUCUACGCUGGCGUUCAGGUGGACGGCACAAUCGUGACCGAGCGCAAGGACGCCAAUGCCGCAUUCUAUGGUGAGCCCGUCGGCGUGCAGAACAUCCUCAAGGGCGAGGCACCCCUGGUUCCCGGCAAGGAGAACUGGGUGAACACUGUCAAGCCCCUCUUUGACACAAUCAAGGGCGCCGAGGGCUGGAGGGCCCAGCAGAGCGGCGGCGAAGGCCAACAAUGGGCAAACCAGCAGGGACCGUCAGACACCUAUGGCCACGGCAACGCGCCUCAAGGCUACCCCACCGGCUUCGACCCCGUCUUCUCCGGCGCGGGUGAGAACCCACCGGCCAAGCCACCCCGCCCGGGUGUGUCGGGCGUCACCGAGGGCAUGCACGGGCUCGGGCUCGGCGGCUCCUCGCCUGCAGGGCCCCCGGGUGGGUCCACAACCACCGGCGCCGCCGACCCGCCAUACGCAGAAAACAAGACACCGGCGGCGCGCUCCAAGGCUGCCGAGGCCGCUGCCGAGGCGGAGGCAGCCCGUGAGCAGGAACUGCGGGAGAGGAGGGAGCUGGAGUCAUCGCAGCAGAGGCCGGUGUCGAUGGCACCGCCGUACACGGAGACGGCCGGGCCCGGCGAGGCGUCGCACGGGGCCGCGGACGAGGAGCUGCCGCCGGCGUACGCGGACGACGGUGUGGCUCGGCCGGGUGUUGGAGACACGAAACACCCCGGCGGACCGACGUCGUGA